ACCUUGCAGACUGUAGAUCGUCUCACAUCAUGGUCAAUGCCGUUGCUCGUCUGGAGACAACUAUAAACGUGGUCACUGUCAGCAACACCUCUUCUUCAAGCGCUCCUUCCUCAAACCGCUUCUACAAUCAUGGUGCUCAAGAGCCAUUUAUUGCUGCUCUUACCAUCCACUGUUCUCUUAUCAGCAAUUACUACUGUCGCGUCGAAAUGUGCGGCCGGCGUCCUCCCAACACCGAGCGUUUUUGGAGCCUCCGUCCUGACCCUGGAUGCCGUUGAAUCGACCCUUGAAUCUACGUCCAUUGACUUCUGCAAUGUCACGCUCACUUAUACGCACCCAGGACAGAGUGAUCUUAUCAAGGUCUGGCUCGGCCUACCCAACGCGUGGAACGGCAGAUUCCAAGGUGUUGGAGGUGGCGGCUGGGUGACUGGCUUCCCUUCUGAAAUGGUAUCAGCCAUCUCGCAGGGCUAUGCUGCAGUCUCGACGGACGGAGGACACGAUGGUUUUGGCGAAAUUGCAGACUCGUGGGCGUUGAACAGUCCGGGAAAUGUCGACCUAUACGCAUUGCAGAACUUCGCUUCCGUGGCACUCAACGAUAUGACUGUUUUGGGCAAGCAGCUGACAGAAGCGUACUACGGCAAUCCCAUCUCGAAAUCAUACUGGUCUGGCUGCUCCACUGGAGGUCGUCAGGGUCUCAUGCUCGCGCAACGGUAUCCUGGGACUUACGAUGGUAUCCUGGCACAAGCACCGGCGGUCAACUGGGAGUUCAUCGCUGCUAUGUUCUGGCCUCAAUGGAUUAUGCAGCAGAUCGGGUACUUUCCGCCGCAGUGCGAGCUGGACGCUAUCACUACUGCCGCCACGAUUGCGUGCGAUGAGCUCGAUGGGCUAAAGGACGAUAUCAUCGGACUGACAGGCCAGUGCGACUUUGAUCCCAGCACCGUCGUUGGCCAAGAGUACGCCUGUAGUAAUGUGACGGGCGCGAUCUCGAAAGAAGCGGCGGAGAUUGUCAGGAAGACGUGGCGAGGGGCCACGAACGCGGAAGGAGUACUGCAAUUCCCUGGCAUCGCUCCAGGUUCGCCCCUGGGCGGCAUUGUUGGUACCACGUGCGAUGCGAGCGGAGUUUGCACCGGUAAACCCUUCCUCAUAACGACAGACUGGCACAGGCUCUUCAUCCAGAAAGACCCCAACUUCGACCCGUACAAUUACACUCGGGCGGGCUGGGAUGCAUCUUUCCACGCUUCCGUGCAGCAAUACACGUCAAUUAUCGGCACCAGCGACCCUGACCUCUCUGAGUUCAAGAACUCAGGGGGCAAAAUGAUCACAUGGCAUGGUAUGGCCGACCAGCUGAUACCGUUCAACAGCACGGUCCACUACUACAAUCGAGUGCUCGGGCUGGACGUCAAUACGACAGACUUCUACCGAUUUUACUCCGCGCCAGGUGUCGACCACUGCAGGGGAGGUUUGGGUGCUGCGCCAACAGAUCCCCUGGCUGAGCUGGUAUCCUGGGUUGAAGACGGCAAAGCGCCGCAGACGCUGGCUGCUAAUCGAACUGUCAACGGAACGGGCUGGAAAAAGGAGCUGUGCUUGUUCCCGCUGUCGUCGAUAUACAAGGGCGGCGAUCCGGCUGUUGCAUCGUCGUACUUGUGCGAGUGAUGCACACGCUCCUAUUCAGUGAAGACCGAUGACAUGGUUCCGACCAGGUCUGACUAGAUCACUGCAAGGAUAGUAACGAGUGCAGGUGGGUCUGAACUGAGAAUCGAUGUAAUGAUGAACUUCUUCAACGUAAAUAGGGCAUUUACGACUGUUGUUGGAGAGAGGCAGUACGAACAGCUAGUUAGUGGCAUACAUUAGAGCUUGAAUUGCUCGCCGUUCAAAGUUCUCGAGCAACAAAUUUUGCUUUCCAUCAUGAAGGUCAUUUGCAAAUUUCACUGAAACAACCUAAAGCCUGCGAUAGGGCAUGCUGAAAUCCCCUC